AUGACGGGCGAGCACAUGCUCUACGCGAUCGCGCUCGCCAACGUCGCGGUGUUCGCGGCGUGGCACAACCUCGAUCCGCGGUUCAUGCGCGCGAACUUUCUCGUGAGCGAGGAGUCGAUAAAGCGCGGGCGAUGGCACACGCUGUUGACGUCGGCGUUUUCGCACCGCGACGUCUCGCACCUCGCGGCGAACAUGCUCGCGCUGUACUUCUUCGGCAGGGACGUCGCGCGCGCGCUGGGCCCGGCGGCGCUGCUGAACCUGUACGUCGUCGCCGGCGUCGUCGCGAGCGGCGCGCACGUCGCGUGGUGCGAGUACAAACGCGCCGAGCGCGCGCCGAAGGGACGCGGGAUCUUCCAGAGCGCCGGUCGGUAUUGGGAGAACAACGUCGGGUACCUCACGACCCCGCCCGCGCUCGGCGCGAGCGGCGCGGUCAACGCGAUCGUCCUCCUUAACGCGCUGCUUUGGCCGGGCAGCACCGUGUAUCUGUACAUGGUGCUCCCGGUGCCGAACGCGGUCCUCGCGGCGGCGUUCGUCGCCAGGGAUUAUUACGGCGCGCGGUUGGGGCUGGGGGAGAGCGGGGUCGGGCACGCCGCGCACUUGGGCGGCGCCGCGGUGGGCGCCGCGGCGUGGGGUGGGUUGAUGCUGAAGCGGAUGGCGCGGAGGUGA